AUGACAACCGGAUUGGACACUACAAACCUGGAGAAAACAGAGGACAUCAGAAAGACAGCAAUCAUAGACAGGGAGCUCACACGACUCAAUGUAGACAUCACUGCCCUGCAAGAGACAAGACUUGCUAACUCUGGUACUAUCAGGGAAAGAAACUACACAUUCUUCUGGAAGGGUCUUGGGGAAGAUGAGAGGAGAAUCCAUGGUGUGGGCUUUGCAGUACACAACAGAUUGUUGAACAGGAUCAGCACCCUCCAAGGUAUAUCCGAACGUAUCACUGUCAUGGAAAUGGAAACCAAAACUGGAAAGGCUCACUUCAUCAGCGCCUAUGCCCCAACCCUAACAACAGAAAAUGAGAAAAAGACCAGUUUUACGAGGAACUUCAGGAUACAAUCAACAACGUCCCAAAAGCAGACCAGCUGUUUCUCAUGGGCGACUUCAAUGCAAGAGCAGGUACUGAAAACAAAGUAUGGCCCACCUGCCUUGGACCGUUUGGGCUGGGAAAAAUCAACGAGAAUGGUCCGAGACUCUUAG